AAAAAAAAAACAAAACUCCAGGUUGAUGACUUUUUCAGCACCAUCACGUACUUUUAAUUUGUUUUUUUAUUUGAGAAGGGGCAGCGGCAUGUGGAAUGCGCUUCGAAACGGUUCAGGGCCGCACAGCGCAGCCGGGGGUUACGUCCCGUCUCAAGGAUGGGAGUUUGUACCGUGCAGCAGAAUCGAGAGGACUGAAAGAGGCAAAGGCAAAGACCGCAACGCACUCAGGAGGAUUUCCUCUCCGCCCACACUUUUCAGUCAUAUCUCCGAGAGCCGCUGCGACCGUGGAGGUGCAGGUGGCACGGGGGGGACGAAACUAGAAUUCCUCAAAGAACAAAUGUCGUCCGGCCCCGAAGCCCAAGUGCAGCCACAUACGCGCCUCAAAGAACAAAUGUCGUCCGAGACCCAAGGCCAAAUGCAGCAGCGGCAGCUGCUGCAUACGCGCCUCAAAGAACAAAUGUCGCCCGAGCCCGACAACCAAGCCCAAAUGCAGCAACAUACGCGGCUGAAAAAGAAAAUUGAGGAACUGAAAAAGCGCCACGUUCAGGAUAAAGUGGAGUGGAUGCAGGAUAAGGAGUCACUGCUCAGAGAAGUGGCUGACAUACAAACAGGGGAGAACCGGAGACUUUUGCUGGACCUAAAGACAGUGUUGGAAGAAGUGCAGGUGGAGGUGAAGCGAGAGGAAGAGAAGAGGAGUGAUUUGCAGCUGCAGUACACUCGAGACAGAUGCGCCUGGGAGCUGGAGAGGGCUGAGCUCAAGUGCCGCCUUGCACAGCUGGAAUCCAAAGGCAGCACCGGCGGAGUCCAAUGCGCGGAAGGUUCCGACCCAGCAGCGGCGAGCUGCGAAAAGCGCAGCGAGACGCCGAGGCUCCGUCUGGACGAAGAGAGGCCACUUCUGGCGGCGGCGCGCCGGAGCGACAUGGAGCUGCGCUGUCGCCUGGAGCACAACGAGAAGAAUUGGUUGAAGGAGAAAGCCCAAUUACUGGAGAGAUUUGACAUGGAGAGGAGUGAAUGGGAGAGCCAACUGAAAGAUAUGCAACGCAAAAUAGAAGAGUUGUACUGCGAGGUGAGGGCCAAGCGAGAGGGGGCUUCCGGCCGUCGGAAGGAAGAAGAAGAAGAAACGCCGAGUGUGCGCUCACUCAGCUCUGGUUCCGGCGUGCUCAGUGACUUGUCCCAGACGCAGAGCAGCGGCAGUCAGCUCCUCGAGCCCUUAGCCGACAUCGGGAGUGAGACUCGGCCGACGUCAGACACACUCCGUCGAGGAGAUCUGUCAACUGGCAAUGAAUGCGGGUGGAAAGAUGCUGUGAACGCUUGCGACUUUGAAAGCAUUUUCCGUCAAUCGAAUGGAAACGGACGGGCCACCGAGGCGGUGAAUGAAGAAUAUCGAUGCGUUGGAGAAAGUCCACUGUUGCUUGAGUGGCGUCAUGCCAGUGAGAAGAAGAAAAGCCCCACUGCUCUCAACGCUGCUCUGAAGGAGAUCGCUCGUGUCAGUGAGGAACUUUGUAGCUACCGGGAUGAGAUCCAAAAGAAGAGUGAGGAGAAAAGAUCGAGUCGAUCUGAGCGGCGCCUCUCACCACAGAAGGACGCGGAUAAAAGUGCACUCAGGUCAAAUGAGGCAACAUGUGAUCUCAGCCAAAUCUACAAUCCACUUCAAGAGUUGGAACACUGGACGGCCCUGUCACCCGAUGACAGGGAAAAGAAUUCCACUGACGACGUAGGGAAAAGCCCCGUAGCCCCCCCCGUUCCACCUCGCAGCUUCUCCCGGACUCCCUCUCAAACUGACACGGAACUCCACAUCCCCGAGUCCCCCCCCGCAACAGCAAAGUGCCACGGGCCGUGUCUCAGCCUAGACCAACCGUACGGCAGUCCGUCCGUUGUUAGAAAGUUCCAAGCCAUGUUGCGAGAAAAUGAAGGAAAGGUUUUUCGAGACGGCGCCGUGGCAUCGUACUCUGCUCCCGAUUGCGAGGGCUGCAGCGGCGGCGGCGGCCACAAGCGCUGGUCUUGCCGUCCGUUCACCGGCACCAAGUUGUCAGUCCAGAAGAGUUUCUCCGAAGCCAACAUACUGACCCGGGCCCGCUCAGCCUCCAACCCUGCUAUGCCUCCGCUUGCCAAGGAAUUAUCUGUAGAUUGGCUCAUCUCCUCCCCGGAAAUCUCACCGACCCGUCCCAAUUUGCAGAGCUCCAGGAGAAACGUCAUGUUGGAAAAAAAAACGGCAGAGUUCAACAGAACUUUGUUUCAAGCCGAGGUGGGCCGACACGUUCCGCAAGCAGAUGAUUGCCGACCGGAACCCGAACCGGACCAGUGUUUACUUCCCUUGCGUUGCCCCGAAGAUAUUGAAGACGCAUCAGCCGCUCCCACUUCACGUCUCCCCGAGGUCAAAGUGGAGCCAAAUAGCGGCGAAGCGGCCACAAUGACAAAUUGCACAUCUCGCAGCGUCGACGGAAGGCAAGGGUCAAGCGCUGGCCACGCCUUAAGCCCUCGCAGCCUUUCUGAGGUCCAGAAAAAGGUCCAAAGAGCAAGCGGAGCAGCCGACGAGCCUGCAAAUCCCUUUUCCCGUGGUCACCAUGCAAUAAAGGGAGCAAACGUCGGGCCGCUCGACAUCUCACUUCAGGAGCCUUGGACUGGGAGCCAAAUCGCCAAAGCGGCCUCUGUUUCUCCGACGGAGCGCUCCAGACCUGGCAAGCUGAAAGAGCAUCCCUGGAAGCCCCUCACUCUUGCCGCCUACCCCCGCCCCGAGGGUUCGCGCUCCAACUACGGAGCGUUGGAAAGAAUUCUCAAGCACUAUGCGGCUGAGGACCAGACGGAUGGCAUGGGACUAAAGGUGCGAGAGCAGCGGCGUCCAGCUCCUCCUCUGCGACUCGUUGGCCAAUGUGACGACGUACGGCAGCCGCUGCAGGUCCAAGACGAUAACAGAUGGGAAAACAUGACACCAUGUAAAGUAUUUGGAGCGCUCCAUUUAAUAGUGGCUCGAACGGUGUUAUCAUCUUUCAUGUUAAUUCAUGUGUUUGGCCACAGGAUGGAGUGGAGGCGCCUCCACCCAAACCCAGAAGGUCUUCACCAAGCCAAGCGACGUGCGCCUUCCCGGCGGCCAGCCGCUCCCUCCCACCCUCGUCUCCAAUCUUCUUUUGAUCUUCACCUCGCAGCGGUGAACUCGGAAAAACCUGAGCUUUUCUAUUCAGCCCGCACCACUGUUGGACACAGGAACUCUGAUCUCCUCUGUCACCCAUUUGAGUUUGCUUCCAAAUGAAUAGCAGCUUAAGU